AUGUCCCCCCCCCGCAGCCUGUUGGCUGCGCGCACCGCGCUCCGCCCCUCGGUCUCCGCUCCCGCUCUGGCGCUGUUGGCCGGAAGUUCACGCGCAGCCUCGACCUUCAACCCCGGACGGAGUUUCGAGCGCAAGCGUCAACCCCGUCCCCGCCAGUCGACAUUCUUCACCGGCAAGGCGGACCUCACUGCCGCCCUCCUCAACCUGCACACGACCCGUGUGGCGGCAGAGGAGCGGCUGCGUGCCGAGCUUGUGUGGCCACUGCCCAAGGGCUUGCCGCAUCUCGAAGCCCCGCCUACCGCCUGGAAGAGCCGCGAGAACAUGCAAAUGAUCAUGCGCGCGAACCGCGACUACGACAACAUGAUCAACCUCCUAACCAAGAUGCACCAUAUGGCUCACGUCGCUUCCACGUGUGGCGUGCACGACGUCGCUGGGCGCCUGCAGGAGGCUAUUGAGCCGUACCAGCGCUCGCAGCGGGUUGCCGACCUGGCCGCCAAGGCGGCGGCUAAGAGCGCACGCGGAGAGAACCACGGUAUCGACGAGCUCGGGCGCGCAUACGCUCUCGGACGUAGGAAGAGCUCGAACGCCCGCGUGUGGGUCGUGCCGAGCCAGGCGGCGCGUACGCUCGCCGACGUCAAGGAGGGAGAGGAGGUUCCAACCGUCACCGCGCCCACGUCCGAGAUCCUCAUCAACCACCUCCCCCUCCCAGAGCACUUUGGUAAAGUCGCCGACCGCGAGGCUGUGAUCCGCCCCCUGCGCGUGACCGGCCUCCUCGGCGCGUUCAACGUCUUCGCGUCUGUUCGUGGCGGCGGAUCGACUGGUCAGUCUGGCGCUAUCGCCCACGCCCUCGCACAGGCCGUCUACCUCCUCCGGCCCGACGCCCACGACGCUCUCUUCAACGACGGUGCGCUGAGCCGCGACCCCCGUGUCGUCGAGCGUAAGAAGACUAACCGUCCCAAGGCGCGCAAGGGUUACACCUGGGUCAAGCGUUAA